AUGAGCGCUGGAGCUGUUCAAAUACCUCCAGAACUGGAAACCAAGGUUGCGGCUUGGUUCGAGAACGACAAAAAUGAACAGACAAGAAGCGAAAUCACGAAACUGGUAAACUCACAGAAUUGGCAUGAAUUGCAUUCACGAUUGGAUAAAAGGAUCGCAUUUGGAACAGCCGGAUUGCGUGCCAGAAUGGAAGCCGGCUUCAGCAGAAUGAACACAUUGACGGUUCUUCAGGCGUCUCAGGGAUUAGCUAAGUACUUGCAGGACAAGUUCCCAACUAAUAAAAGCGUGGUUGUUGGACACGAUCACAGAUUCCACUCUAAGGAAUUCGCACAGGUCACAAUUGCUGCUUUUUUACAGCUGGGUUUUACGGUUUACGAUCUGUGCUUUGCUGAGAAUGACAGUGAUCCAGAUGUCUUUGUGCACACGCCGCUGGUACCUUUCGCAAUUGACCAAUUGAAUGCUUGUGGCGGUGUCAUGAUCACAGCCAGUCACAAUCCUAAGCUUGACAAUGGCUACAAGGUUUACUAUGCCAACGGGUGUCAAAUUAUACCUCCUCAUGACCGCCUAAUAGCGCAAUCAAUCGACGACAACCUGAAGCCCUGGAAUGAUGCGUGGAAUUACGAAUCGAUCAAAGAAAGAGCGAUCAAAAGUGGUGUGCUUGUUGAUGCAAAGAGAGACAUAACCCAGAAGUACGUAGAUGCGGUUUCAAAGCGUUUGAUUUUUACGGAAAUCAGCAAGAACAGCAAAAAUGGUCCCUGGUUCUUGUACACACCUAUGCAUGGUGUUGGAUCGGAGGUUUUCGAAAGCAUUGUGGAAAAGGCGUGGGGGCUAAGAGCUAAUGUGGACUACCUUUGCGUCCCACAACAACAGAGUCCUGAUCCUGAGUUUCCAACCGUGAGUUUCCCCAACCCGGAGGAAAAAGGAGCGUUGGAUCUGGCGAUAUCGUUGGCUGAGACGAACGACAUAUCGUUUGUUCUUGCAAAUGACCCCGAUGCCGACCGCUUCUCUGCUGCUGUCAAGUAUGAAAACGAAUGGAGACAGUUAUCCGGAAAUGAGAUUGGUUUCCUCUUCGCACAACAAACAUGGGAUUCUUACAAGCAAAGAGACGACGAGUUUAAAAGAUCGAAGCCACUUGUACUUAUCAAUUCCACCGUGUCAUCGCAGAUGAUCAAGAAGAUGGGCGAGGUGGAAGGGUUUGAAUACCGCGAUACCUUGACUGGAUUCAAGUGGCUCGGAAACCAAGCUCGCGCACUGGAAAAGGAGGGCCUCUACGUUCCCUUUGCGUUCGAAGAAGCCAUAGGCUAUAUGUUUUCUGAAGUUGUGCACGACAAGGAUGGCAUAAGUGCAGCUAUUGUUUUCCUACAGAUGAUUGCUACUUGGGCAGCGGAAGGCUUAUCACCCAUAGACAUAUUGCGUCGCGGAUUUGCCCGUUAUGGUGCUUUCCAAGAAUAUAACGGCUACUAUAUUGUGCCUGACCCCACUGUAACAAAUCUCGUUUUCGAGGCCAUUCGCGAAUCGUAUCAGAAGGAUGGGCAUCAGCAUCCUUCGACGCUAGGUGACGAUUUCAUUGUCGAGAGUUUCACAGAUCUGACUAUUGGUUAUCAGUCCAAAACUCCUGACCAUAUACCGAGACUGCCUGUGGAUGCCUCAUCCCAGAUGAUAACUGUCGUGCUCAGGUCGCGGUCGCAUCCCGAUGACUACGUAAGGUUCACAACCAGGGGUUCUGGCACCGAGCCCAAACUAAAGGUCUACAUUGAGGCCAUUUCUGACUCGGAAGAGAAAGCUCGCUUUUUGGCCAAAAAGACGUGGGAUACACUAAAAGAACACUGGUUCAAACCGGAGGAGACUGGCAUGACUACAAACUUCUAA